UCUUCUCUUCUCCUUCACUCCUUCCUUUCUGUUUGUAUAUAUAUUCUGGGUUCCACUCUCUGUGUUUUCCGUUCAUAUCCCUUUUCACUCUUGUGUUUCUGAUUCCUUUUUUAAGAUCAUCAGAGAAAAUUCAUGGACGCCACUAAAGCCCAAUCUUCUGGAGAUACAUCGAAAUCGAAACUUCGGUAUCCUCUGCGAUCUGCAAGCAAACCUAAGGAUGACAAGACAUCCAUAGAGGAAAUAUCGACCGAUUCUGUACCUAAGAGAGGGAGACCUGCAUCAAGUGUAAGCAAGAGUGUGAGUAUCCAAACUCUUUCUGGAAAGGAUAAGUCCGCCAAACCACCUAGAAGGCUCUCUGUUCCUGCUAAGUCUGCUAUCAGUCCUCUUCCAAGACCAGCAGGCACCGUGACACCAAUAUAUGAGAGCAGACCAAAGAGAUCUGGUAAUGGUCAGGGGAAAAGUGAAACGCCAGUUUCUGAGGUUUCCAAAUCUUUGAACCGAAAGAAGUUCAGUGUUUUAUCGUCAGCAUCAUAUUGGUUAUCACAGAUUAAACUAUCUGAAUCUGCUGCUAAGCACUCCAUUUCACUUGGCUUCUUCAAGCUUGCUUUGGAGGCUGGAUGUGAGCCUGUGCAACGAAUGCGGGAUGAGUUCAAAUCCUAUGUGCAUCGACACGACCUUGAUGAACUUGGAGAAUUUGUAAAAGAGUUACUUGAGAGCUAUGAUAACCCAGAACAUUUUGAGCAGUCAAAGGUUUCAGAGACUUGUUCUCUAGUGCCUGAAGAGGGAACUCAGUCCUCUGGUGAAGAUGCUCAGAGCUCUGUUUCUAGCACUGGUGCUCGGAAACUAAGACCCAAGUCCUUGAACCCUGGAAAUGUUCAAGCUACCAAAGUUGAAGAAGCAAGAAAGGACAGUACUCCGAAAAGAACUCGAGCUAGCAGGAACAGGGUAUCAGUAAACAGAAAUUCUGUAAAUUUAACUUCUGUUACCCAUGUUAAUUCUGGCAAUGUACAGAAGAAGAACUCACAGAAGCCUAGUAGGCAGGCAUCUAAUAUACAGAAGAAGAAAAUCAAGGACCAAGCAAAGAAAGCUGCCAAUGAAAAAGAUGUAGCUGAUCCAUUGCCUGCUGAGGGGGCACUGAAAGUAGAUAAAGAAAAUAUGGAUGCUCAGCAGAUGGAAGAGAUCAGCUUGACUGAAGAAGUACUGUAAAGCAUCUUGUGCAAUAAAAAGGAAAAGAAAAUGUGAAAUUCAUAUUGAUACAAAUGUCUGCAUGCUCUCAUUGCCAUUUUUAUUUUCAGUGGGGAUUUGCUUGUAGAAAUACAGAUAGAGUGAAAAGAGUUUGAGCCUGGGGUGACAGUGGCUUUUAUAGUAUUUGUGGGUGUGUUUCUUUUCCCCCUUUUUCCUUUUGUUUCUGGGCAAACUAUGUUUAUUUGAUGUUGUAAUUAAAAUGGUGUGUUUGGAGAA